AUGGGAGAUUGGGAAGUCAUAACUAAAGGAAAUAGAAAAAAGCUAAAAAGUCACAAAGUAAAAACUGCUUGCAACCCUCCAAAAAUAUUUUUAAGCUCAUUUAUUGAUAGAAUCGCAACUGCUAAAUCAUCUAUGCUUAGAAGUGAUUUUAUACAGCAAUUUUCAUAUGCAUUGAAUAGUCAUAAAGUCCAAAUUAUAGGAAUUGGGCUUGGAAAUUUUUCUUCAUCCUUAUAUCCUUGUACACAGCAAGCUCUAUUUGAAGCCUUAAGCCAAGAAAUUGGGAAUGGCGAGUCAGAGUUAUAUGAUCCUGCCUAUAGCGAUGAUGAGAUUUUAUAUCUGAAUUCUCUAGGAGUAAAAGUUAAUGAAGGUGAGUUUAUUAGAGAAAGGAACAUAACUUAUUUUAAAAUAGUCUGGGCAUACUUUUAGCUCAGGUUUGCCAUUCUUAUAGCUGCUCGGCAUAUCUGGAAGCAAAACUAGGAUUUAUAAUAUAGUUCAUACACCUAUAGAUUUCUUUAUCAAUAAAAUGAAUGGGCGGUUGAACGGCCAAGGCAGACUCUCUCAAAGGGAAGAGCUGCAUCUCUAUACAGGAAGUGCUAAAAAGGGGCAUGCCAAAAAAAUGGUUUACAAUUGUGAAAAAUGACAAGAAAGUGUGCUAAUUUUUAAAAUGGCUUUAUUAUUAAAUAAAUUUUAAAUUUAAAAUAUUCUUUUAGAAUUGAUAUGAUAAAUAUAAAACAUUAUUAUAAGCCAAUAAGAAUUUUAUAAUGAGCAGCAAGUAUUCAAUACAAACUUUGGCUUUAUAGAUCAAUCGACGAUAACAAUUGGCAUUAUUUAUUUAAAAAUCUACUUAAUUUAGCUUUAAUUUACUUUUUCCAGAAAAGAGAAAAAAGCAAUCAAGAUAUUAAUCAAUCUCUGUCUAAAAAGUAUCUUAAUUUAAAGUUAAUUUAAUAAUAAACCCAUUUUACAAAUUGGUGCGUUUGCUUGUCAACUUUUUCACACUUGUCAAGCAUUUUUUUACAUGUCACUUUUAGCACUUCCUGGUAUAGAGAUCCAGCUCGUGCCUUUGAGAGAGUCUGCCUUGGUCGCUUAACCGUCCAUAAAUUUAGUCGAUAAAGAAAUCUCUAUAGGGGUAUGAGCUACAGCACCUAUUAGGGGUUAUUUUGGCUAGCGGGGAUUACUUAAAUUACAGUAAAAGGUAGUUUUUAGUGAACAAUGACAGAGGAAUUCUGUAAACUAAGCGAAGCGGUAUCUUUGCAAACUAUCAAGGCAGAAACUCAAAAAAUUUAAUUCUAUAUUGAAUUUAACGGUAAUUUUUUAAAAAAAAAACCGGAAAAAUCUAAAUUAUCGAAAGAGGAUGUUUGCUAAAUUAAGUCAGAACAGCCUUUUAAAAGAAACAUGAGCAAAGUUUUUUUCCAAAUUCUAGAGAAGAUAAUUUAAAUAAAUUAUGGAUGUGGAACCUGCAAUUUUUAAUAAAAGCUUACUUAGUUAUUUACUUAAAUUCCAGAUAGAGUAGUUAUCCGAAUUACGUUGAGCUGCAUUUUAUGAAUUUUACUAUAUUUAUACUUAACUCCCCCCCCCCCUCCGUGAGCGAACAAAAAAUUUUUGUUCGCUCACGGAGGGGGGUUAAUUUUUAUUUUUUAAAAAAAAUUAUAUAUAAAUUUUUAAUUGUAAAAUAAUAUUUUUUUAUAAGUUGAAAAUUAUUUUAAAAAUAUUAGGGGGGAGAGUAAGGGAAUUUCCCAAAAAAAAAAGAAUACCAUUUGAUUAAAGGUAAAACACAGCUUAAUUUUUCAAUAAUUUAAUAAUCAAUAAACCUAUUAGUAAUAAAUAUAUGCAUUCAGUUAAAAUAUUUUAUAUAUUUUCUUAUUUAAUAUAAUAAGCAAAUUCUCUAUAAAUCAUAAUAAAAAUGUACAAAGGGAAAAGAAAGUACAUUGAAAUUUGGCAGAAAGUUGAAAAUUGCUGAAUUUUACAUUCAACACCAAAAUGAGAUGAGCAUGAGAGAUGUUGCUGCAAAGUUUCAUGUCAACUCCUUUAGCUCGAUUUCCGAAUGGGUGAAUAAGCUUGAUGAGUUGAAGAAAUCAGUAAAAUCUGAUAAAAAAUUAAAAUUAGAAAGCUUCACUCAAUUUCCAGAGCUAGAGAAAGAACUAGUUCAUUGGUUUACUGCAAUCCGUGAGCAAGGUAUUCAGGUUCUCAGAUCAACGAUUGAGGAGAAAGCAAAAAGUUUGGCGGCAGAAAUGGGAUUGGGCGCGAUUCGGCUGUGGAGAUAAAUGGUGGCAAGGAUUUAGGACCAGAAAUAAUUUAUCUUUCAGAAAAAUCAAUGCCUCAAGCAUUAAGCCAAUCGAAAAAGAGGCAGAACUUGUCAGGCAAUACCUAGAUGAUUUAGCGUCAUUGCUUCCUCAAUUCGUUCCAUCUAACAUUUACAAUUUCGAUGAAACGAGAUUUGAUUGAGAUGUAAAAAGCAAGUUCACUUAUGAUUUCAAGGGAACUCAACGAAUUCUAGGCGUUCAAUCAGCUAAAAUGACCCAUUUUAUCACUGUUAUGCUUAUGAUUAGAGCUGAUGGAGAAAAAAAUGCCCUGCUUUGCUCAUUUUUCAAGAGAAAAAUGGCCAGAUCCCGAACCUUGUAAGAGAAAGACUGAAUAUUCCAGAAAAUGUCAUCAUAAAAUCAAAUAAAUCUGGCUACAUUUCUGACCAGAUUCUUAAUGACUACCUCAGAACAAUAUUGAGACGAGAAAACCAACUGCUGAUUUAUGAUCAGGCUGGAAGUCAUAAAAACUAUCAUGAUUUCUAAUGCAAUUUCAGAUUUAGAUGCAACCAAAAUUGUGAUCCCUGGAGGGUGCACAAAGUAUUUGCAACCACUUGACGCACUGGUAAUUGCAAAUUUCAAAUCAAAAACAACAGAUUUCAGAAUCAAAUUCCAAACAGAGCAGAUUGAAAGAAGAUCGAAAAGAACUGGAAACCUCAAAGCUCUUGAUCGCCAGCAACUGAUAAACAUUGCUUCAAAGGCGUGAGAUGCUGUAAGCCCUCAACUUGUCAGAAAAUCAUUUGAGUUGACGGGUUCUUAUGGCGUUAAUCAUCCAAAGAUUUUCAGCCAUCAAGUUAAUAUGAAGAAGUUAAUUAUCUAAUCGAUUUCUUCUAUUCAUUUUUUUGUCUUAAAUUUAAAAUUGUUAAAUUCAACCUUUUCACUUAUGGUAUUCUUUUUUUUAACCCUUUGAAUAAUAUAUCAAACAAACUUAAUAAUUAUUUUUCAAUAUUAUCCUCUUUAUUUGUAUUAAAUAUAGAUAUAAUAAACUAUAUAUAAAAUUAUAUGUAAAAAAAAUUUUUUGUUCGCUCACGGAGGGUGGGUUUUUGACAAAAAAAUAGGGAUUUUUCUAAUGGUUUUGUUCGCUCACGGAGGGGGGGGGGGAGUAAGGAAGACUUAAUUAACUUUCGUUGCUAGGUUCUUUUCGAAUUAUUGGUAAAAACCCACUAUAAAUCCUGACUAGGAGAGACGUAAAAAAAUUAUUUUUAUAAUAAUUUUACUUAAAGAGGACUUAAUUAAAUUUGCUUCUUAGGUCCUUUAAGAAUUAUUGGUAAAAAUCCACUAAAAAUGCUGACUAGGAGAGAUGUAAAAAAAUUAUUUUUAAAAUUUUUUUAUGAUAUUUAAAAAAGGUUUUGGUACAAUAAUGAAGAGGAUCUUGAAAACUAUGCUAUUUACUUCCAGUAGCUCUUAUUGCACAGUGGAACAAAACGUUAAGAAAGCCUUUAUGUAAGACUUAAAAGUGGAUAAUUUUAGUUAGUUUGGCUAUUUAUAAGAGUUAAUCAGAUUAUUCCUUUUGAAAUAUAGUAAAAUUAUUAUAAAAAUAAUUUUGUUUUACGUCUCUCCUAGUCAGGAUUUAUAUAGUGGGUUUUUACCAAUAAUUCGAAAAGAUCCUAGCAACGAAAGUUAAUUAAGUCCUCCUUAAGUAAUUUAUUUAAGAUUUUUGAUAUUUUGAAUGUCGUCAAAGUGUAUAGUAGUUGUGAUAAAUUCACGCAAAACUCAUGUUUAAUUUAUCUUAUUUAUAUGUUUACAUUUUACAAAUAUUUAAUUAGCAGUCAAUAUAUAUAGAGGUUAUUUAUAUAUUUUAAAAUUAUCUCACAAAAAAGGCAUAAAUAUAGUAAAAUUCAUAAAAUGCAGCUCAACGUAAUUCGGAUAACUACUCUAUCUGGAAUUUAAGUAAAUAACUAAGUAAGCUUUUAUUAAAAAUUGCAGGUUCCACAUCCAUAAUUUAUUUAAAUUAUCUUCUCUAGAAUUUGGAAAAAAAACUUUGCUCAUGUUUCUUUUAAAAGGCUGUUCUGACUUAAUUUAGCAAACAUCCUCUUUCGAUAAUUUAGAUUUUUCCGGGUUUUUUUUAAAAAAUUACCGUUAAAAAUUCAAUAUAGAAUUAAAUUUUUGAGUUUCUGCCUUGAUAGUUUACAAAGAUACCGCUUCGCUUAGUUUACAGAAUUCCUCUGUCAUUGUUCACUAAAAACUACCUUUUACUGUAAUUUAAGUAAUCCCCAUUAGCCGGUUAUUUUUAACUUCCACCCUUAUUUUUAUACAUAAUCCUUCCAUUUUCUUAUUAAAAAUAAAGGAACAAUUUUCCUCUGUAUAUAAUGAUCCAUUGCCAUUUCUCAUUAUACGAGCUUUUAUUAAGCCAAAAUUGGAUCCAAAAUAAAUCUUUUGCUAUUUAUGGAAACCCAAUUUCCUCAACGCAUGCCAAAUUUUCUUCAGAAACCGCAAUAGAGCUAUCAAAAAAUUCCAGAUCAAUUACAAUAAAUACACAAGAUUUAGCAUUUAAUGAUACAGAGCUGAGUAUAUUUAAUUAA